AUGCCAAUCACUCAUCCCCAACUUUCUACGAGUACAUUCGGACUAUCAGAAUUCGAUGCAAACGAUGACCGGGAGAACAACGAUGCUCAAAUCGCACCAUUACAAGAACCCACAACAGUCAGAGUCGAGAGACCUGUGCCACCUAUCGACUUUACCUUGAGCCGACCCAUUAGUUCUCUCAAAGAACUAAAUCAACUUACUUUUCGACCUGCUGCAUUAAACACACGAUUGACUUGUCGUAUCUGCCGUUAUCGAGAUGGAUUGGAUAAACUGUCACCUCAGUAUCAAUUGUUUCUUGAAAAUGUUGAUACUGGAGAGAUGCAGUAUGUUCUGACAGCCCGAAAGAAAAGAAAGACCCAGACAAGCUAUUACACGAUUACUGGAGAUUACUUGGAUGUUUCUACUAGCGAGGUUGGAGUACCUAAAUCCGUGGUAUUGGGUAAAGUGAGGUCAAAUUUCUUGGGAACAACCUUUGUGAUUUAUUCCCAUGGUCGAAACCCAUUUAAUAGCAAUGGUUCUGAAAAGAAUGACUUGCCUGUUCGUGAAGAACUUGGUGCAGUUCUUUAUGAUCCUAAUAUUCUUGGGUUCAAAGGACCUCGCAAGAUGACAAUAUUGACCCACACACUCACACGAGAUGGAAAACGUCCUGAAUUCAGACCUACUGAAGAAUCUGAAACGCUUUUGUGCAAAUAUCGAGAUGGAAAUGCCCGUGAUUUGUUAAUCUUGCAUAACAAGAGUCCUCAAUGGAAUGAAGAUACCCAAUCAUUUGUACUAAACUUCAACGGUCGAGUAACUCAGGCAUCAGUAAAGAAUUUUCAGAUUGUACAUGACAAUGAUUUGGAUUAUAUAGUUAUGCAGUUUGGGCGGGUUGAACGAGACUAUUUUACAAUGGAUUACAAAUAUCCUUUCUGUUUACUACAAGCAUUUGCUAUUGCCCUGACUUCAUUUGAUGCCAAGCUUGCAUGCGAAUAA